UCUUUCCCCCACACAUCUAACCGCAAAACGCAGUAUACGAGAGUAAUCUCUUUCUCGUGGAUUUUUCUCCUAAAUCCGAACCUAGAGUUAACAGAGCUCCGGAGCCUCCAAUUCCCAGGGAUUUAAGCAUAAAAGCAGAGAAGAGACAUGGUUUAAAAUCAUGUAAUUUCAACUGUAUUAGCUCAUAAAGAUCGGGUAGGAUAUAGCGGGCUGUGGUAGGGCGUUGGAUCGGUCAAUGAAUAGUUUGAGGACGUGACCCGUCCCGUCCUUCUCUUCCAGCCGCUGCGGUCCAGUUUCGUGAUGUAGAGUGGCCAACUUGGCUUCCCACUCUUCCUGGGCAAUGUGAGUGCGGGUAGCCGCCACCGUACCGUACCGUCAGGAAAUACUAGGGCUGUGGCCACGGCUCCCCGCACCGCCCAUAAUGGUGGCCGGGGCGGGGGCAGAGCGUCACCACAACCUUACCACCGUGGCCGAGUGCGGCCUGCCGCCCAGCACCAACAUCAGUGCUCACCUUCUCACCACAGAGUGAUAGUCAUGGUCAGGAAUAUCGAGCUGUGAAAUAUAUACUACUAGGCCCCCCUAGACUAGGCCUACAUUCACGACCCUUAGUUUACUAUUGUCAAAAACUUGUGGUUUCUCUGAAACCAUCCCAACCAGAAAUAUAGACCCGGAGCUGAAACCAAACCUGAUCUUGAAACUUGUACUCAGGUUGUACCAGGAUGCUGCACAGUGCAGCCCAACCCUCCUUUAACAUGUUCCCCUUCGGACACACCUCCCAACAUUCCAACCCCGCCCACAUCCCUCAACACGGGGAUAUGUUCCAUAAUCCCCAUCAUCAUCAUCAUCAUCAACAUCAUCCCAACCCUCCACAACAAACCGAGGCUCCUCCUAAACCUAGAUUUCUCUUCAAAAUGCCGCGUGUAGUUCCAAAUCAAAAAGAAAAAUUUGAUUCCGAUGAAUUUCUAAAAAGACAUUCAAGGGAAGGCGAGGUUCGAUACACAGGAUACAGGGAUAGACCGAUUCACGAGAGACAAACCAAAUUUUUAAAUGCAUGCAGAGAUGGGUCCACAGAAAUAGCGUUUAUAGGAACUGGUUUUAACCUGAUGAUGUCAUUUGAUGUUGUGAGCAGUACAUCUUAUACACAUACACUCAAACAAUGUGAUUUCGAGAGAGAGCAGGGAAAGGUACACCUGCGCGCUCCUUUCAUCUUAAAUGGUGUUUGUGUCCGAUGGCGAGGUUGGAUAGAUAUUGAACGCCUUGAUGGAGUUGGUUGUCUAGAAUUUGAUGAAGAUUCUGCUACCUUAGAGGACGCUAAACUUAGAGAACAGGUUGAAUCCUAUAACAGACGAUUACGAGAGUUUGAAGAACAAAGCAAAGCAAGAUCUCGACAUUUAGCUGGUCUUGUGUCUUCAUCUCAUUCUCAGUUCUCCUCCCACCAUCAUAUACAGUCAGAUCUACUCCUAGAGGCUCGUAAAAAGCAGCUUGAACUUGCUGCCUCUCAUCAAACAAUGUGAUCCUCCCUUCCCGGAGCAAUCCCUACUCAUCCUCAACAUAGAGAGACCCUUGAUGUACCUGGAGAAGCUGGUGAAACCAACUCUGUAGGACGGGAUGGGAUCAGCUCCGGAGUUCAGUUCAAAUCUCGUAACCUUCCAAAACUGCAACCCAAACCUGGACUUUACCAAAGAUAGUGUUCUCCAUUCCUCUUACCUCCAUUUGAUCAGUUUUAUUCCCAAUUCUCCGUUUGUUAAUCCUCCGAACCCUUAAACCUUCUCCGGUUAAGCAAAAAAACUCGAUUAAACUAGUCUCCGCUACUCCAAGUUAUAUUGUGAGAAGUUUAGUGUUCACCGUCCUUGUUUCUAGGCGUUCCUCCUCCUCGUCGCCUUCUUUUAUAUCCCUUCCCCCUACUCCUAGUCAAACAAACAAGGAUAGGAUAGGUUCAAGGCGGCACCUUUCUUCUGUAUCUGGCAGUGGAGAGAAGGAGAACCGACACCCAACCCAUCCUUCUCCAUCAGUAUAUAGACCUACACGGAGAAAGUACUCUAAUGUAGGGUUAUCUAUGCUUAUUACAGCAUGAUGACAGAUGUAGAUGUUGUAUGACUGUAGGAACGGGUUAAAUAGUUAGUUCAGGUUGUUGAUCCGUAUUGAUAAACUAAACUAACUCGGAGCAAAACAUUGAAAAUAUCACAACUUGAGAGUAUUCAUUAAUUAUCAGAAUUGAAAAUCUUCCAAAUUAUCAAAAAUGGAAAAUUCUUUAUUUCUGCAAGCACUGGAUCAGGAUAUAAGAUACCGGAGAAAAAAAGUAUCAAAAGGCAUGCUGCUUAAUGCGGAAAGUGAUAUGCACAUACUGCUUAAACCGGAGAUGGGAUCCGCGCAUGCUACUUAUACUGGGGAAAAGAUGCAUCCUACGGAUGCCAGAGCACGGAAAUUUCCUAUAAAUUCUGGAGCAAAGGUUAUCUAAAAAGAGCUGAGAAAGAUGAAAUCCUGUUCUACAAACUUUGCUCCGGAGAAACCAAACCGUCAUUCUAAACCUAGUCUUGAAACUCCCAGAUUUUGCAUGUAUUAAUGUGCCAAAUCUUAAAAAUUAAUGAGCCAACAUGUUUGUUAAAAAAAGAGCUUUAUCAGGCUCCGGUUCUGGAUUUUGGAGUCAGCUUAGUGGCUCCUAGCUCCACAAUUGCAUAGCUCCUUAACAUAAACUAUCAGAGCUCUUAGAAAUACAGCUCUUAUUUGUGAUUUUAUCCAUGAUGCAUAGUGUAAUAUAAUUAUAUUGUUAUAGUAGAUUCAAAUAUAUGUUAUUAGAAUAAA